CAUAAACCCUUCUUUCACUCACUUUCAUCUUCCAUUCCAAAAGGGUUUUUCAUUUCAUUUCACUUUCCACUCUCUCUUAAAAGAUAACGUUAAACACCUCACUCAUUCAACAAUGGCUCCUGUGCUUAGCAGAAGCUUAGCUGCCACUGCCUCCCUCACUUCCCUCCCUUCUUCCUCCUCCUUUUCACUCUCCAGACCUUCUUCCACCCUCAGAAGCGCUUUUCUCCCACCGCAACCUCGCAGAAAUCGCUUUUCUUCCACCGGUUUGAAGUGUAAACACCAUGACAGAAGACGAACCGGCAGACUUUCUGUCCGUUGUGAGGCUGCUGUUGCGGAGAAAGAAGAGGCCAGUGGCGAGAAGUUUGAGUAUCAAGCCGAGGUAAGCCGAUUGAUGGAUUUGAUUGUUCACAGUCUGUAUAGUCACAAGGAAGUUUUUCUCAGAGAACUUGUGAGUAAUGCUAGUGAUGCUUUGGACAAAUUGAGGUUUUUAAGUGUGACGGAGCCUUCUUUGCUUGGAGAGUCUGGAGAACUAGAGAUUCGCAUCAAGCCCGAUCCAGACAAUGGAACUAUUACUAUAACCGAUUCUGGUAUUGGAAUGACCAAAGAAGAGCUCAUUGAUUGUCUUGGAACUAUUGCUCAGAGUGGUACCUCAAAGUUUCUGAAGGCACUUAAGGAAAACAAGGAUUUAGGAGCAGAUAAUGGUUUGAUUGGUCAAUUUGGUGUUGGAUUCUACUCUGCAUUUCUUGUUGCUGACAGGGUUGUUGUUUCUACAAAGAGCCCUAGAUCAGAUAAGCAAUAUGUAUGGGAAGCUUUAGCUGAUAGCAGCUCUUAUGUGAUAAGGGAAGAAACUGAUCCUGAAAAGCUUCUACAUCGUGGUACACAGAUUACACUUCACUUGAGACCGGAUGAUAAGUAUGAAUUCUCAGAGCCAACCAAAAUUCAGGGUUUGGUGAAGAACUACUCACAGUUUGUGUCCUUCCCCAUCUUUACAUGGCAAGAAAAAUCUAGAACUGUUGAGGUGGAAGAGGAAGAAGAACCUAAAGAAGGGGAAGAACCGAAAGCAGAGGGCGAUACUAACAAGACAAAAAAGACUAAAACUGAGAAGUAUUGGGACUGGGAACUAGCCAACGAGACAAAGCCAAUAUGGAUGCGGAAUUCAAAGGAUACUCCAAGGGAAGAGUACAAUGAGUUUUACAAAAAGACUUUUAGUGAAUUCUUGGAACCAGUUGCUUAUACCCACUUUACUACUGAGGGUGAGGUUGAGUUCAGAAGCAUUCUAUAUAUUCCAAGUAUGGGACCUCUCAACAAUGAAGAAGUAGUGAACCCUAAAACAAAGAACAUACGCCUGUAUGUAAAGCGUGUGUUCAUCUCAGAUGAUUUUGAUGGUGAACUGUUUCCACGUUACUUGAGCUUUGUGAAGGGUGUGGUUGAUUCGAAUGACCUUCCUCUGAAUGUUUCUCGGGAGAUCCUUCAAGAAAGCAGAAUUGUAAGGAUAAUGAGAAAGAGACUUGUCAGGAAGACAUUUGAUAUGAUUCAAGAUCUUGCUGAAGGUGAAAAUAAGGAGGAUUACAAGAAAUUCUGGGAGAACUUUGGUAGGUUUAUUAAGUUGGGAUGCAUUGAGGACAGUGGAAAUCAUAAGCGCAUAACACCACUGUUAAGAUUUUACACUUCCAAAAGUGAGGAGGAACUUAAAAGCCUAGAUGAGUAUGUUGAAAACAUGGGUGAAAAUCAAAAUGCCAUCUAUUACCUAGCAACUGACAGCUUGAAAAGUGCAAAGACUGCUCCAUUUUUAGAGAAGUUGGUUCAGAAAGAUAUUGAGGUUCUUUAUUUGGUUGAUCCUAUAGACGAGGUUGCCAUUCAGAACCUACAGACAUACAAAGAAAAGAAAUUUGUUGAUAUCAGCAAGGAAGAUUUGGAAUUAGGUGACGAGGAUGAGGUCAAAGAGAGGGAAACCAAGCAAGAAUACAAUCUACUUUGUGAUUGGAUAAAACAACAGCUCGGUGAUAAUGUGGCUAAAGUUCAAGUCUCUAAGCGUUUGAGCUCAUCUCCCUGUGUGCUUGUAUCUGGAAAGUUUGGUUGGUCUGCAAAUAUGGAAAGAUUAAUGAAGGCACAGGCUCUUGGAGACCAGGCAAGUUUGGAGUUUAUGAGAGGGAGGAGAAUAUUGGAGAUUAAUCCAGAUCAUCCCAUCAUCAAAGAUUUAAGUGCUGCCUGCAAGAAUGCUCCCGACAGCAGUGAAGCAAAGAGAGCUGUUGAGCUCUUAUACGAUACAGCACAAAUUUCUAGUGGAUUUUCUCCUGAGAGCCCUGCUGAGUUAGGAAAUAAGAUUUAUGGAAUGAUGGCGUUGGCCUUGGGAGGAAGAUGGGGUAGAACCGAAGAAGAGGGAGAUGCACCAGCAGAGGCUGAUUCAAAUGAAAGUGAAAGUACAGAGGCUGAAGUUUUUGAACCUUCUGAAGUCAUAGCAGAAAAUGAUCCUUGGACAACAGAUUAGGUGUCUUCCCUUCAGCCCUCAAAUAGCAUAAAUUAGUUAUUAUUUUUGGCAAUAUAGUGAGUGAUGCAUACUGAGGCAGUAGGUAAGGAGGGAGGGAGAGACCUUAAUUUUCACAUGGAUUCUUAAUGCUGAAAGGAAAAUUGUUAUAUCUCAUGUGUAACAAUAUGCCAUGAAGGAGCAAAUUCUGUGGGGCCUUUCCCAAUAAAAUUGUGAUCCAGUAUCUCUGGUUUUUAACAUUUUUGUUCCUUGAUGUAUUAUUCCAUUCCAUCAUUCUUUAAGGAGUAGAAUGUUUACUGAAAUGUAAUGAAUUUUGUUAGUAUUUUAUAA